AUGGGCAAAGCUUAUGACGGCAAAAAGCGAUGGAAUGAGACCAUCCUGGCAACGACAGCACGGCAUUCUGCACUUGGAAGUCGACAAAAUGCUGCAAAGAAACGUCUCUCAGGACGAACACAUAAGCUGAGUGCUGCUAUGAGACGUGUGGAUGAUGAUACACGUAAUGAAGUGCGUAAUGCUCGAUUGGAUGCCUUGGAAGCGGAUAAUUUUGGUGAAGAUGUAGACGAAGGCGACGGAACUCAAGACGGCGACGAAACGUACGUGGAAGAGGAUGAAAGUGGAGCUGCUGCAACUUUAGAUGACACGGAACCAAUGAGAAAGAAGAGGAGAAUUGAUGUCUCGGGUAAAAAGAAGUGGAAGGUCAAGAGUUUGACGCAGUUGGUGUUUGAGGAAUUGGGCAAUGGAGAUAUUGCAGACGAACCCAACUACUUGACUGCUGCAGUAGGUCCUCCUACACACCCAGUAAGAAGAUUUUGCUGUGUGUGUGGGUUCUUUGCCAGCUACAAUUGUCGAAGAUGUGGAUCGAGGUACUGUAGUGUCGGGUGUGGAGACCAACAUAAAGAGAGUGGCUGUCUGAAGUUUGGGCUGUAA